AUGCGUUUCUCCGUCGCCACCGUCCUCGCUAUUGCGACCGCCGUCUUCGCCCAGACCGAUGGCUUUGAUGUCAUCUCCAACCCGUAUGCCGGCGAGAAGGUGCUUGCUGGCCUGCCCUGUGAGAUCCAGUGGGCGCCUUCGUCCCAAUACCAGGGUACCGUCCGUAUCGAUGUCCUUGGGGGCACCACCCCUCAGACGUUGAACAAGGUUGGAACUAUUGCCUCGGGCGUUGACAGCAGCAAGGGUUCUUACAAGUGGAACGUCGACGCUCACCUUGGCACUGCCAACACCUACGGUAUUCAGAUCACCUUGGAGUCCAAUGACAAGGUCUUCCAGUACUCGUUCCCAUUCCACAUCAUUGGCGGCCUUGUCGACGACGAUGCCACCACCGUCGCUGUUCCCACCACCGCUGCCGCUGGCACCGCUAAGCCUCUGACCGUCGCCGCUCCUGCCACCACCAAGGCUGCCAUCGCUACCACCAAGGCCUCCGAUGCCGCUCCUGCCACCACCGAUGCCGCUACUGGUUCCGGCUCCGGCUCUGCCGGCUCUGCCAGCGACGCCUCCGCUUCCGGCGCCGUUUCCUCCUUCAGCACCGUCGUCAGCGCCAAUGCCUCCGUCGUCGCUUCUGCCACCUCUUCUGACGUCGUCGCUACCGCUUCCGCUUCUUCCACUGGCGCUGUUGCCACUGGCGGCGCUGCUGCCUUUGGCGCCAGCACCGGUGCUCUCCUCGGUAGUGUCGCCAUGGCCCUCUUCGCCCUCUAA